AUGGUGUUUCAAGAAUUUGGAGAUCUAAACCCGCAGUAUGAUACAUCAAGCUCAAUAAAGAAAUUAGCCCUCGUAGCAUCAAUAGCUGCAGCUGUUCAUUAUGGAUGGGCAUUGCAACUUUCACUCUUGACACCCUAUAUUCAACUUCUUGGUGUUCCCCAUAAAUGGGCAGCAUUUGUUUGGCUUUGUGGCCCUAUUUCAGGUUUGCUCAUUCAACCAACAAUCGGUCAUUAUAGUGAUUGUUGCACGUCCAGGUUUGGCCGUAGACGCCCAUUUAUUGUUGUGGGUGCUAUUCUCCUAUGCAUUGCAGUAUUCCUUAUAGGCUUUGCUGCAGAUAUUGGCCACAUGUUUGGUGAUUCCCUAGGAACAAGGACCAAACCAAGAGCGGUUGCUUUGUUCGUGCUUGGAUUUUGGAUACUAGACAUUUCAAACAAUUUGAUUCAAGGACCUUGUAGAGCUCUUUUGGCUGACCUUUGCAGACAGAACGAAGCUAAAUUGACGAUUGGAAAUUCCCUCUUUGCAUUUUUUAUGGCCGUUGGAAAUAUGAUUGGUUAUGCUUUGGGAUCUUAUGUGAGCUUUUAUCAUCUUUUUCCGUUCACAAAGACUCAGGCUUGUGAUAUUUAUUGUGCAAACCUGAAAACUUGUUUUAUAUGUGGCGUUUUCUUUGUCAUAAUUACUACAACAUUAGUUGUUACCUUUGUCAGGGAGGAAGCAUUGGAUCCAUCCAUUUUCCCGAAAAAGGGUGUUUUUCAUGAUGAAGAGGCACAACUGUCAUUUUUUGGGCAGUUACUAUUAGUACUUGGAAACUUGCCUAAGCCAAUGAAAAAUUUACUCAUUGUAACUGCCUUAAAUUGGAUUGGAUGGUUCCCCUUUACUAUGUUUAGUACAGAUUGGAUGGGCAAAGAGGUCUACGGUGGUCAAGCUAAUGGAAACGCCCAAGAUAUUCAACUAUAUCAACUAGGGGUCUGGACUGGAACAAUGGGACUAAUGUUAUAUGUUGUGGUUCUUGGCACUGUGUCACUUUUCAUGGAGCCACUUGUACGUAUGAUUGGCAAUGUAGCAAAGGUUUGGGGCAUCAGCAAUUUUGUUUUGGCAAUUUGCAUGGUGAUGACAACUUAUAUCACAAAGAUGGCAAUCGAUGCUAGACAAUUAGUGGACAGCACUGCUAGUAAAGGACUCAUAACGCCUCCUCCUUCUGUGAAGAUAUCUUCUCUGUCUUUGUUUGCCAUCCUGGGUAUCCCACAAGCGGUGACUUACAGCAUUCCAUUUGCUCUUGCGUCUAUAUAUUCCAAUGAAAGUGGAACAGGACAAGGGCUCGGACUUGGGGUUCUAAAUCUUGCCAUUGUUAUCCCACAGAUGUUUGUGGCAGUUUCAAGUGGACAAUUGGACGAUAUGUAUUACGAUAGCAACUUGCCGGCCUUUUUAAUGGGAGCCGUUGCAGCCGGAUUAAGUGGCACUUUGGCUUUUACGUUGCUAAGUGUUAAUCAGCAAUCAACAAAUUGA